AUAGUCUACAUUCUCGAUUGUUCUCCGGUCUCUUAUCAAAUUUUCUCGAGAGAUAGAGAGAUAGAAAACUGAAGAAAAGGCGCGAGAGAGAAAUUAGUCGUUGAUCCAAGGGAUUUCGCUCCUCCUGUUGCUCUGAAGAAGAAGAAUCGCAAAGGAGAAAUAAUAAAUCAGUGAAGAAGAAGAAGAAUGGCGUUGAAGUUCUUGAACAAGAAGGGAUGGCACACGGGGAGUCUGAGGAACAUAGAGAACGUGUGGAAGGCGGAGCAGAAGCACGAGGCCGAACAGAAGAAGUUGGAGGAGCUCCGCAAGCAGAUUCUGGAGGAGAAGGAGCGCGCCGAGUUCCGUCAACUCCAGGAACAGGCCGGCCUCGUCCCUAAGCAGGAGAGAUUGGAUUUCCUGUACGAAUCGGGUCUGGCCGUAGGAAAGGCAAGCGCUUCCGAAGGUUUCAAAGCCCUUGAAGCCUUUCCCAAGCCCGGCGACGCGCCUUCCUCCUCUGCCUCUGCAGCCUCCAAUCAAGCAGCGUCUUCGUCGGCUGUGCCGGGAGCUCUGUUCGAAGAGAAGCCUCAGUCUGCCAACGAUGCUUGGAGGAAGCUCCAUUCCGAUCCGUUACUAAUGAUUCGGCAGCGCGAGCAGGAUGCAUUGGCCAGAAUCAAGAACAACCCAGUUCAGAUGGCUAGGAUUCGCAAAUCUGUUGAGGGAAAGGGCAAGAAGUCUCGUGAUGAAAAGGAACAUCGAAAGAAGCACCGUGAUAGUAGUUCAAAGCAUCAAAAGCAUUCAUCAUCUGGCAAAGAAGAGGAAAGGAGGAAGAGCAGGAAGAGCGCAAACCAUGAUAAGCAUUCAGAUUCAGAAGAGGAAAGGAGGAAGAGCAGGAAGAGCUCAAACCAUGAUAAGCAUUCAGAUUCAGAAGAUGAAUCACGUAGAAAAUCAAGUCGAAGUGAGAGGAAUGGGUAUCGGAGCUCGAAGUACAAGGAGCAUUCACUUGGUGGCCAAUCGGGUCCAGAAACUGUGAAAGACAGUCGACAUUUUGUCAAGGGAAACAAUGACAGGUCAGAGAAGGAAAAAUAUCCUACAGAAGAUCGUAGUGAAUCCCACUAUAGGCGACGCAAUGUUGCUCCUAAACUUUCGGAAGAAGAGCGAGCUGCUAGGCUACGUGAGAUGCAAAUGGAUGCCGAGGUCCAUGAAGAGCAAAGAUGGAAACGGUUGAAGAAGGCUGAAGUGGAUGAUGCAAGGCAAGCUAGCCGUGACGCCAUAUCUAAGGGCAAAAAUUUCUUGGAUGCUGCUCAAAAAAAUGUGUAUGGUGCUGAAGAGGGGGGCAGCUCAUCAAUUGCAGAGAGUGUCCGUCGCCGAACUCAUUAUUCGCAGGGAAGGUCAGAACAAGGCAAUGCUUUCCGGCGAUGAUGCCCUUGUAUUUACUCUUUGUUUAUUCCCAGUGUUUCUAAUUUGAUGCAUUCUCAUCUUGGCAUCACUUAAAGUUUGAUUAGCCAACAUGUUGUAUUGAUAAUUUUUUUAUGGUAAGCUGCAUUAAGUUGGAGUUC